AUGGACAACCUCCAAGAGGCCAUCAAGAGACGUCCAGAGACGUCAAAUGCAACCCACACCCAGCUGAUCCUCGUUGAUACAUCGUGUGACGGGACGGCAACUGUCACCCUCAACCGCCCCCAGAAGCGCAAUGCCUUGUCCGCUGCCCUCAUUGCAGACCUCAAUGUAGCGUUGCAAGUUCUGGAGCGAAAGGAUUCGCUUGGUGGAGGGUUUGAGCUUGCUUUGAUGGUACCUUAA